AUUACGCAGAGCAUGUAGCCGAAACUACACCAGACUGUGGAAGUUGAAGUUUUCGCUUUGUUUUUACGACAUUUAGAUCUUUGCCUCGUCCCUCAACUUGUUCGGAGCUAAAUGACAAGUAGGCAGAGGCACAGAACCAUUGAGUGAUACAAGGGGCACGAUGGAGAGCAAGGGAUUACUUCGCUGUAAGAUCGUGGUGGUCGGUGAUACGCAGUGUGGCAAGACGGCUCUCCUCCACGUUUUUGCCAAAGACUCGUACCCAGAGAAUUAUGUUCCCACGGUGUUUGAGAAUUACACAGCCAGCUUCGAGAUCGACAAGCAGAGGAUCGAGCUCAACAUGUGGGACACGUCAGGUUCAGCCUACUAUGACAAUGUGCGGCCGUUAGCUUAUCCUGACUCAGACGCUGUACUCAUCUGCUUUGACAUCAGCCGUCCGGAGACACUGGACAGCGUUCUGAAAAAGUGGCAAGGUGAGACACAGGAAUUCUGUCCCAAUGCCAAAGUGGUGCUGGUCGGCUGCAAGUUGGACAUGAGGACGGACCUCAAUGUAAUGAGAGAGCUUUCCAAACACAGACUCAUUCCCGUCACCCACGAACAGGGCACUAAUUUGGCGAGGCAGAUCGGUGCCGUUGCCUAUGCAGAAUGCACCUCAAAGUAUUCGGAGAACAGCGUCCGUGAUGUUUUCCAUGUCACCACGCUGGCGUCUGUGUCCCGCGCCCAUCGGCCUCAGCUCAAACGUGCUGGCUCACGUCGCGGCCUCAAGCGUGUCUCCCAGCAGCCGCCUCGGACUGAGAUCCAUGAGCACCCACCUCCCAUUAGAAAGGACCGGGCCAAAAGCUGCGUGCUCAUGUAGGACCAGUCUACCAGCGACCUGACCCGCGUGUGCUGAUGGACGUGAACCAUACCACACAUGAACUUAAUUUAUUGGUGAAUUCUUGUCAGAUCUUUGCACUGCAUAAAAGGACAAUGUGAUGAAAACAAGAAUGAAUACUAUCCCUGUGGAAUUCUUUAAGGAAUUGUUUGUCCAUCUUUACAAAACUCUCCUUGUUAUUUUUCUCUGUGGCUGUGUUUCAUCAUGGGGAGGGGGCAUUGUAGUGGGCAAAGCUAUUUUACUUUAAUGCUUUUACUUGAACAAGUAGACAAAAGUUGGCAUGGAUGCAAACAGGCUGGUUAUCAAAUGAAACACAAGGACAUAAAAAAGUGUGUGGAGAUUAAAGGAAAAAAUAAUAAUUUGAAACACCUUGCAGGAACCAGCGGUAACAGUGCUGGUCUUGACCUCUAUUCUGUUGUUUCCCGUUUUAAAAUUCUAUUCUCUCUUUAAGUGUUUAAGUAAAUGAAGCACAAUACAAUGCACGCAAACUGUAAAUGUUGGGGAAUGAACUUCCACUUCAUAUGACAAGUUGAAAAGAAAAUCUGGACAGGCAAAAUACUCGUGGGCUGAGAUGACACUAAUUUUCUGAAACCACAAGUGCUUUUAAUAUUGAAAACUGAAUAAUCACUCACCACAUAAUACUGAAGUGUUGUGAAAUUAAUACUGUUCUAUUAAUCCACACUGGGAAGGAAAGUCACAGAGGGAGUUAAGAGGGUGACUGUUAUGUUGUACAUGUAAUAAUGAAAUAAAAAAAACUUGCUCUGCU